GAUCGCAAAACGGCGAUGGCUGCAGCUGCAGAAAACGGCCAUGAAACCGCCGCGAAUGCCGCUGCCGAAAUGUCGGUAACCCCUUCAGAAACCCUCCAAGGGGUUCCGCCGUCCGUUUUGACCUCGUCAAAACGAUCCGUCGUGCUCGUUCUCGAUUUCGGAUCACAGUACACGCAGCUAAUCACGCGCCGCAUUCGCGAGCUCGGAGUCUACUCCGUCAGCCUGCCGGCCGGCGUGCCGUUAGAUCAGAUCCAGGCCGUCCAUCCGACGAUCAUCGUUCUCUCCGGCGGGCCAAACUCCGUGCACGAGGAAGGCUCGCCGACGGUUCCCGAGGGUUUUUUCGACUAUGCGAUAGAGAAGCGUAUUACGGUUCUCGGGAUCUGUUACGGAAUGCAGCUGAUCGUGAAGACGUUGGGUGGUGACGUGGCGCGAGCCGAGGCGCAGGAGUACGGACGGAUGGAUAUCGUGGCGGAUUGUGAUUCGGCGCUCUUUGGCGGGAGCGAUGUGGGAGGGGAGGAACCUGAGAAGAAGAAGGCGAAGAAUGAGACGCGACAGACGGUGUGGAUGAGCCAUGGAGACGAGGCGACGAAGCUUCCAGAGGGGUUCAGAGUGGUGGCGCGUAGUGAUCAAGGCACGGUGGUGGCGAUUGAGUGCACUACACGCAAGAUAUUCGGCCUGCAAUACCACCCUGAGGUGACCCACACCCCCAGGGGCAUGGAGACGCUUCGCCGCGUGAUCUUCGACAUCGGGGGCGCGCACGCUGACUGGCAGAUGCAGGAGGUGCUGGAUGAGGCGAUCUCAGCCGUCCAAGCGGCAGUGGGGCCGGAGAAGCAUGCGGUGUGCGCGCUGUCGGGCGGCGUUGAUUCGACUGUAGCGGCCACACUGGUGCACAGGGCGAUUGGGGAUCGCCUGCACUGCAUUUUUGUCGACAAUGGGCUACUGCGAUUCCAGGAGCAGCAGCGGGUGAUGGCGAUGUUUGAGGCGGACCUGCAUCUUCCAGUCACCUGUGUGGACGCGUCUGACCGCUUCCUCUCCAAGCUCAAGGGCGUCACAGAUCCCGAGAGGAAGAGGCGCAUCAUUGGGGCAGAGUUCAUCGGCGUAUUUGACGACUUUGCGAGUGAAUUAGAAGCGAAAUUGGGGCACCGACCAGAGUGCCUGGUGCAAGGUACACUGUAUCCGGACGUGAUUGAGUCGUGCCCGCCGCCCGGCAGUGGAAAGAAGCACUCGCACACCAUCAAGAGCCAUCACAACGUGGGUGGUUUACCCGAGAAUAUGCGCUUUACCCUCGUGGAGCCCCUUAAAUGGCUGUUCAAGGACGAGGUGCGCAAGAUUGGAGCUCUUCUCAACGUCCCUGCCUCCUUUCUCUCUCGCCACCCAUUCCCCGGACCUGGCCUUGCGGUUCGGGUGCUGGGGGACGUGUGUGCGGACGGCGCACUGGACACCAUUCGCCAGGUGGAUGAGAUCUUCAUCAAUGCCAUCAAGGAGGCCAGCCUGUACGACCAGAUCUGGCAGGCGUUUGCCGUCUUUUUGCCAGUGCGGUCGGUGGGAGUGCAGGGCGACCGGCGCACCCACUCCCACGUGGUGGCUCUCAGGGCGAUCACCAGCCAAGACGGCAUGACGGCAGACUGGUUUGAGUUUGAUACGAAGUUUCUCCGUGAAGUUUCAGCGCGCAUUUGCAACAGCGUCAGUGGUGUAAACAGGCUCAACUCUGUCCAUCCCGGCGCAAAACCUAACAUCCUCGUUAAUGGCGCAUACGGGCCUAAUAACGGGUUCCAUCAGCCCGAGUACAAUAUUCCAUCCCGACCAGGAUCUUCCGCAGGCCCGAUGUCGCGACCGUCGUCUGCGAUGUCGAACAGGUCGCAAAGAUCGUCGCACGGAUCGUCGCAGGCGUGCGACCCACCGCAGUGGAUUCGCGGGCGACAACUUGGUGGCGAUCCGCGCAGUAAAAUUCAUCUCGCCCUCCACGCCGAAUCCGGUCAGAUCUUCGUCACAAAAUCCGUGUCGUCGCGCGCGCUCCCGCGCGACAUGCGACAGCUCGACAACGAGCAGGCGAUCCUCGAGGAGCUUCGCGGCUCGCCACGUGUCGUGCGGCUAUUGGGCGCGGACUGGGAAGACGACGCCGCCGUUCCAGGAGCUAGGGUUAGGAGCAUAUUUAUGGAGUACGUUUCGGGCGGCAGCAUAGCUGACUUAAUGUCCUCAUUCGGGGGGAGAUUACCGGAAGCGCUGGUGCGGAGAUACGCGCGAGGGAUCUGCGAGGGGCUGCGCGAUCUGCACGCGCGCGGAAUCGUCCACUGCGACGUCCGCGCCGCCAACGUGCUCCUGAACGGGGACAAAGGCGAGGCGAAGCUAUGCAGCUUCGGGUCCGCGAUCCGCGCCGCCGCCGCCCCCGCCGCCGACGGCUCCGCCGCGGAAGCCGCCGGCACGCGGAAGCCGCCGCCGGCGCGGUUUCAAGGCGCGGGGGCGUACAGCUGGAUGGCGCCGGAGGUGGUCCGCCAGGAGGCGCAGGGGUGCGCGGCGGAUAUCUGGUCGUUCGCGUGUACUGUUCUCGAGAUGAUCACCGGCGAGCCGCCCUGGACUGCGCAGCUCGAAGCGGCGGGCUUCGCGGCGGCGCCUGGGAGCGCGGCCGGCGGCGGCGGCGGCGGUGCGCGGGCGUGUGAUCGAGAUGCGGUGCUGCAUAUGAUAGGGAGCACGUUCGAGGUGCCGCAUAUCCCGGCGGAAGUGUCGCCAGAGUGUCGUAGUUUGCUGCGACGGUGCUUAGAACGCGACCCGGCGAACCGGCCUACUGCUAUGUUGCUCCUAGACCACGCGUUUCUGCUGCCCACGCCAUGCCCGCCGCUCUUCCGCCUCUUAGGUGGUGGUAGCAACGGUAAUAACGAUGCUAAUUGUGCGAAUAGUGUGUCUGGGUUUAGUUCGGAAAAUAGAAGUAGUUCUGUGUCUGGUGUACCAGCUGCAACCGAGAGGCUUCGCACGCCGGACCGUUACAGAAUAGGGUUACCACGUUCCGCGUCAGCAGGUUCGGCGGAAGAUUCAGGCUCGGCAACAGGCAUGGCAGCAGGUAUGGUGGCAGGCAUGGGCCCGGGAGGCUUCAAUGCAGGACCCCCGCUCACGCCACCCAGUUCGUCCAUGCAUUCAAGCGGUUACCAUAAUUCGCUUACCUCGCCAAACGCUGGUGCUGGGGGGUCAGGGGGAGGGUUCACUUCGCCUGGUUCUGGGGGAGGGGGGCCAGGGGGAGGAGCGAUGGGGGGAGGAUCAGGGGGAGGGGGGCUGGGGGGAGCAGCGGGGGGGGGAGCGACUAUGGAACGCCCCCCCACGCGCCGAACUCCCCUCCAACGGUCCCAGUCACAGCCCAAGCAGCUCAUUUCCACUCACGUUCCUCUGCCCGGCACUGGUAAUCCUAUUGGUAACCCGAAUGCACUGGGUGUGAUUGCAAAUCUGGCCCAGGGAUCAACCAGUAGCAUCCCUCCUACUGGCAAGGCCUCUAGUAGAAACACAUCACCCUUGACGAAGCCGCCUCCUCCUCCUUCUUCUGCGGCUGCUGCUGCUGUUGGUGCUGGUGGUAGUGGCAGUGCUGGUGCAAACCCUAAUAUGCCCAUGGUCGAUGUGGGGCCGAAUUCAAUGAACCCAGCCCUAGCUGCUGCUAUUCCCAGCCCGCCUGCUCUACCAGCUGAUGCAGCAGGGAGUGCCGGAGGAGCCACAGGACCGGUGACAGGUGGCGCGAUGCCAUUGGGCCCCGUGUUGGUGCCGCCUCCAGGCAUCCGCAUGGGGCCGUUGAUGCGUCAGAUAUCCAAGGGUCAGGAGGCGAUCAGAGCCGCGGCGGCCAUGGCUGCAGCAACAGGGGGAGGAGGAGCGGGAGGAACAGCCAUGGCAGCAGGAGGAGGGGGGGGAGUAGAGAGGGAGGCAGAGAGUGGAUUUGCUCCCUCUCAGACGUCGCCACCUCUCCCGCACCAGCAGUCACAGGCUCGGGCCACUCCUCCUCGUCCGGGCCUCCCCCGAAGCUCCAGUGGUGGUAGUUCCGGCAACUACAGUGUUUCGUUCGGAAAUGGCUCAUCGUCUGUUUCAGGGAGUGCAGGUGGAGGGGCCACUGGUGGUACUAGUAGUGUGGGUUGUGCCGGUGGUGCUGCUGGUGGUGGGUAUAACUUCAGUGGUGGUGGUGCUGCUGGUUAUAGCAGUAGUGGUGGUGGGGAUGGUGGCGGCAUUGCUGGUGGUGUCUACAUCAGCAGCAGCAGCGGUAGUGGCGGUGGCAGCAGUGGGUACAGCGCCGCACUUCCUCCCUCUCCUGAAGGCAUCACCUCACCCAAUAAUUUAUUCUCUGCUCCCUCUCCCCCCACCAUGCCCCCCCGUCGCCCGCAUGCUCACCGUCGCUCACACAGCAUCUCACCCGAGCAUGGCCACUUUGGGUUGGGUGCUACUACUGGAGCACUCACCCUUGUCACUGAAUUCCGUCGCGCGUCGGAUACGUACUAUUCGGUGGUUAGAAAGGCAGUGGAUUCGAAACAGCAGCACUCCAGUAUUUCUGAAACUGCCUUCUUUCAAACCACUACUAUUGACGGGAUUCGCGGCGCGCUUGCCGCUAAGAAGUAUGUGGCGCGCAAGGAGGACGUACCGUUGAUUAAGUGCGGCGUGUGCGAGCUGCUCGCGAAGAAUCUGCUGCGGCAAGUGCGGGAGAAACGCCAGGCGAUCGCGCCGAAGAAGCUAUCAGAGCUGAAGAUAAUCGAGCUUGUGGAAUCCGCGUGUGACGUCAGCAAGGACGAGGGCGACUGGAUCCAAUGGCUGGAUGUGCAGGAGAAGGGUGACAAGCUCGAGCUAAAGGAGUUCCCCUACCCUGGGGAUUGCCGCACUGAAUGCAAGACGAUCCAGAAAGCUUGCCAGGAGGUGGUGGGCUUCUCAGACACGGACGUGGCAGAGCUCCUCUACUCCGAGCCGACCAUCCCAGAAGGUGUCUUCGCCAAGCAGCUGUGCCUCGAGAUGUCUCCCGCGUGCAUCAAACAGCCGCCUCCCGUUCCCAAGGGCCGCAAGCCAGGAGAGGCCUUCAGGCGCAAGAGCAGCACAGAGGUGGAGAGGGAGAGGAUGAUGCGAGACAUGGACUUGAAAUCCGAGAAGUACCGUGAAGAGAACCCCCGCGCACCCCGCAUGCCCAAAAUGAAGCUGUACUCGCGUGAUGACCUUUUAAAGAAGACGUCUGUGGGGGGGAUGGGGAUGGGCGAGGAUGAGGAGGAUGAGGAGGAAGGGGAAGAAGGGGAAGGGGAGGAGGAGGAUCCAGAGGAGAAGCUAAGGAAUGAGUUGGGUCCGGGAACACAUGUGGACAUGGAGGCGAUUCGGGCUGCUUUGAAGGCUGCAGACGAGAAGGAGAAGCAGCAGGAAGCAGCACUCAACUCCCCUCUUCGUCGAAUCUUCCUCUCUUCUCGAGCCCUCAUUCAACGAGCUGCUGACACGGGAACCACACUCAUCAAGAGAUUUCAAGCCACUGCUGCUGGAAAGCACACAAGCAAGCUCAUUCGCCAGAAUUAUCUCGCCGCACAUCACAUCACUCCAUUGUCCACCACACACCGUCAAAAUUUCCUACAACAUCCUGCUGUAGUAACCGAGUUUCUGAACCUUUUGGGCCUUCCCUCCGUGUUCACAGCCAUGGACUCCGCGAAAGUGGCUCUCUUGUCCGCUAAGGACGACGAUUCCACCGUCAACGGCUUGGAGGCCGGCGUUCGCCGCCUCGGCCUUCCUACGGGGUCCUUUCUGAGCGUGAACCGCAAGGGCGAUGACCUCCUGGAGAUUAACCUUCCGCGGAAUGGUUUCACCUCCCGUUGCCUCGUCCUCUACACCUUUUUCCUGAUCUACGUGGCAAUUUUCGCCGUUUUCUUCAUCGACCUUGAUGCGCUCACUCCUUCCAACGCAGAUUUCUGCUCCAUGUGUCCCCUUAUUGGCCUCGGGUCACUGGUCCUUAUCGUUUCCAUCAUCAUCGUUGUCAAGGCACUGACUCGCCGCCACCUCACCUUCACCCGCUCCGACUUCACCAUGACCUCGUCCUUCUUGGGUCGCAAGUGCUGCUGCCGUAAAUCCACUGUGAACGGCAAGGCGUCCGACAUCAGCAACGUCAAGAUCGUGGUGUCUGGGGGCCAGUUUGCGGGCUUCAUGACGGCAUGCGAGGUCUCAGAGGGUGUUCGCACGCACCGCUUUGGAAUGAACCUGAGUGUGAGCGAGAAGCAGUACCUUGUGCAGGAGAUUGGGGACUUCCUCGCCUGCCCAUACUCCACCCAGGUCCAGCUGGCAUAA